AUGAAUACAACUUUACACCUGGGUUCUCUGGCAAAUAUUUCAACUGUCGCACUUCCAGAACUGGCCAGUCCGACUUCCGCGUGGUUUUCUGAAAAUGGCAAGUUUAUUACGACUGCUGAGUUUGUCGUAAGUGUACUGUUUUACUGCUGCGUGUUCCUCGCAAUCCUUGUGGGAAACGUGCUAGUAAUUUUAGCCUACGAGAGGAACUGGAGACUUCAAACUACCACAAACACUUUCAUAAUUGGUCUAGCUGUGUCGGAUCUAUUGGUUGGGUUCGUCUCAAUCCCCUUUUGGUUGUAUGUCUACAGCUGCCAUUACUUGGACGUUACACUACAUCCCGUUGGAUACGAAAUGUACAUCACAUUCGACGUGUUCAUCGGAUGUGCGUCGAUCUUUCAACUUACUGCCAUCAGUAUAGAGAGAUGCAUCGCCAUCGUCUGGCCGAUCAGACACCGAGCCCUUCGCGAAGGGAUCUUUCAUGCGAUGAUUCUUGCCGCGUGGGGUUGUUCUGCGGUCAUGGCUGGAUUGUACCCGGUCCAAUUGAAGCAUUGGGAAGGGGGCUACACGGCAUUUAUCUUCUCUACUUGCUUCAUUGGACCAUUAAUCGUCAUGUCUGUAGUUUAUUUCUUAAUCUAUGAGACAGCAAGGGACUCGAGGUCCAGGGUACACGCCGCAAGAGCAGCCCCCACAAUACACAGAGAAAUUCGUGUUGCGGGAACAGUGGCCCUUGUUACUGGAGUAUUUAUGAUCGCGUGGUUCCCAUUCUUUGUCAUCACUGUGGUUGCUACAUACGAUUUGGAGCGCUUACCCGAACCACCUGGACUCUUCCGACUUACAGCCUUCGUCAAGGCCUUGCAUUACAUAAACUCGGCUCUAAAUCCAAUCCUGUAUGGCUGCCGGAAUCCAGAGAUGAGAAAGACUAUGCUCAAUGUAGUGCGCCAAUGCUAUCCGCUCAGAUCUCGUGAGCAGAGGUAUCCAUCUAGGCUGCAGGCGAUGCUAGAUCCUCGACGUACACGAGAGUUCUUACCCGGUACCUCGUUGGCAGUGCAGUGGCCUGACGAAAGACGAAGCACACCGAUCAUUGGCAACAACACUACUACAACGGUGGUUUCAUUCGUUAAUCGAGAUGGGUAUGUGGAGUCAAGGCCAACAAGCGUACAUCAAUAA